GAUUUCUUGGCAGCAGCACUUUGUUAUUCUCCGCUGCUUCAGUUUGGGGAGAGAGAGAGAGGCUGCAGCCUGCACGGGAUUAUUAUCAGUGUCUGUAGCCCUGGGACCCUCCGAAUUCACUAGUGUUUCCUCUGCUGCAGAGAGAGCCCUUGAAAUAGACUUGAGAAUUUAUUGGAUUGCAAGUGAAGCAGGUGAAGGAAGGACCAAGGUGCCACAGUGAGCAGAAUGAACAUUCGUUAGGACCUUGAUACCUUCCUGCUUCCCUCCGCUACACUGUCAAGGACUCAAGAAUGUACCAAGUGCUGCUCCGUGGAGUUUUUCUCCUAAUCUGCAGUAACCUGUCUUCUGCCCUAGUGUUUCCAAAAGACCUCACGCCUAUUAGGAUCAUUGAGGCAUUAACCACUUCAUCUUAUCCAUGGUUUCGGGGACUGGCCAGCGAUGAUGACACAGCCCACCUAGGACUUGACUUUCAGAAGAUGCUUAAACUGAAUCAAACGUUAUACAUAGCUGCAAGAGACCAUGUUUAUGCUAUUGAUCUGCACAGAACCAAAAAUGCAAUUAUUCCAGAUAAAUAUGUAACAUGGAAAACCCAAGAUAUGGAGAACUGUGCAAUGAGAGGCAAGCAGAGGGACGAGUGUUACAACUAUAUCAAGGUCCUGGUCCCCAAGAAUGACCAAACCCUCAUCGCAUGUGGCACCAACUCAUUCAACCCCAUGUGCAGAAGCUACAAGAUCAAAACUCUUGAGCAGGAAGGAGAAGAGUUUAAUGGUCAGGCCCGUUGUCCUUUUGAUGCAAAACAAGCCAACGUCGCCCUGUUUGCAGAUGGGAAUCUAUACUCUGCAACAAUGGCGGACGUCCAGGCCAGCGACACUGUCAUAUACCGUAGCCUUGGGGAAAAGAGCCCUGUCCUCCGGACCGUUAAGUAUGAUUCCAAGUGGCUGAGAGAACCACAUUUUAUCCAUGCAGUGGAAUACGGAAACUAUGUUUAUUUUUUCUUCCGGGAGAUUUCCAUGGAAUACACCACUAUUGGGAAGGUUACCUUCUCUCGAGUUGGCCGGGUCUGUAAGAACGACAUGGGAGGCUCCCCCAGGGUUCUGGAAAAGUACUGGACCUCCUUCCUGAAAGCUCGUCUCAACUGUUCCGUACCUGGUGACUCCUUCUUUUAUUUCGACGUCCUCCAAUCUGUCAGCGAUAUUCUUACUAUCAACAACCGUCCAUCGGUCAUUGGCGUGUUUGGCACCCAGGCCAACAGUAUCACUGGUUCUGGGGUUUGUGCCUACUACAUGGAUGAUAUUGAGAAGGUUUUCAAUGGGAAGUUUAAGGAACAGAAGACUACAGAAUCUGCAUGGACCCCAAUUCCAGAAGACAAAGUCCCUACUCCAAGGCCUGGGUGCUGUGCCGGAUUUGGAAAAGCAGCUUCCUACAAAUCAUCGAAUGAGUUUCCUGAUGAAACCCUCUCUUUCAUUAAAUCUUAUCCUCUGCUGGACGAGGCGGUGCUCUCCAUCACAGAGACACCUUGGUUCACAAAAACAACCAGCAGGUUUAAGCUGACCCACCUAGCUGCUGACACCUCAGCUGGACCUUACGGGAACUAUACCGUUUUGUUUCUGGGUUCCGAGGACGGGAAGGUCUUAAAGGUCCUCUCCAGUACAACAGAAAACUCAACAGUGGAAACGCUUCUGCUUGAAGAUAUUAAUGUCUACAACCCAGCUAAGUGCAACGUCAAAAAGGAGGACCGGAGGAUUCUGGGAUUGCAGCUGGACCGGGAGAAUCAUGCUUUGUUUGUUGCCUUCUCAAGCUGCAUCAUUAGAGUGCCCUUGAGCCGCUGUGAAUUGUAUGGCACGUGCCGAAGGAGCUGUCUGGCAUCUAGAGAUCCGUACUGUGUUUGGCUAAAAUCCGGAUCCUGUGCCAGCUACCGGAAUGAUAUAAGGAGUAGCUUUGAGCAGGAUAUUGGGCAGUCGAAAAACUGGGGCAACUGCCAAGACGUGGUCACCUCUUCAGGAAACGUCGACAGUGAAGGGGACUCAGCUUAUGGGAAAGCCCCGCCCAGCAGUGACAGCGCCAUUGCCAGUCUCGCCUCCCUUGGGCAUGUGACUCGCCUGGGCUAUUCCCCGCCAGGCGUGACAUCUGACGGUUUUUACCAACUCUCUGCCUGGCACACUCUUAAAACCCAGGGAGUGCGCCAGGAAGUUGGAUCCACUGAAAGUACCAAGAGCGUGCAUUUUACUUUCCUCAUUGGCUGCGUCUUUGUUGCUUUUGUGGUGGGAGCAAUAUUCUCAGGCUUGUUCGUCUCGUGCUACUGUAAUCACAUGUUUCAGAAAAACAAACAUGUAGGAAGAGACCCUGAAUCUAGUCUCCAAAGACCUCUAUCAUUGAGAAGCCUGGCAAAGAUGAAUGGCCUUUUAGAAAGCCAGUCUAAAGAAGGAAGGAUGGAACCUACAUCUCCCAAACUUUAUACCACAUUGCUUCACGGUGACAAAGAGCAAACAACAGAGACAACUAAAGGUGAAACUAAAGAUCACCCUGAACUGUCUGGACUUCCCACUCCAGAAUCCACACCGGAACUGCCAAUGAAGAACUUAAAGGCUUUCAAGAACCAAUGGGAAAGGAACCAGAAUUGCAACAAUGCCAAAGAGAUUCAAGGGAAAAGCCCUGUAUUUCACUUUCCAGUAUCAAACUCCCAGGUGUUUCAGUUUCCAAGUACUCUGAUCCUACCAACGAACAUGCAUGGAUAUGACCAGCCUCUCUCAGGCUAUGGAGACGAUAAGAAAAUACCAAAUUCUGAACGAGCUCUAAUUAGGCAUUCCCAGUGCUAUCUUCCAAAAGGUGUUGAGAUGACUACAUUGGAUGAACUUCUAAAACAUCUUCCAGAAUCUAGUGGGUCACCGAGAAAGAUGUCAGGCAUGAUGGCCAUUAGCCCGCAAGCUGUGAGUCCUCAUUCACCCAUGUCUUUUAUCAACAAGGUUCAGCCUAAAAUCCCUGACACAGAAAGUGCACCUUAUUAUAGCUCUUCCACCCUUCCAAGAGAUAGUCUGCCUCGAAGACUGGACAUCCCACCAGAUGUGACGCCUCAGUCUUGCUUGGAGAAACAAUCAAGAGCCCAGAGACAUUCAUUAUCUUCUGGACAUAAACUAAUGAACAUUGGUCCAGGUGGACCAAUUAUUUCUCGACAACACAGUCUGGGCCAAGGGAAUAGGCAACACCCACCACCACUCCUGACAAGGAUGCAUUCUGCUGGUACACCUGUACCCAUGGAAAGCCACAAUGUCUUUCUGUCUCGCCAACUUAGUUACCAGGAACAAACUCCUAUGUCAAGGAGCAUGGUGAAAAGGACCCUGUCCUUUAGACCAGAUGUGCCAUCCAGUUCAGUGUUUUUGCCAUCCUCACCUGUGAAGGAUGCAGCCCAGUUCAAGUAUUAAUAUCCUUGGUUUGACUUUUCUAUCAGUUGAUGACACCAAGAAAGCUCCUUUGAAAAAUGUGAAACAGAUUGUCUGCACUUUGCAUUGGUGCACUGAAAUUCUCUCACUUGGACUAGAGUUCUUCACUCAUGUUAUCAAGUCAACUCCAGCAAUAUGGCGGUUAUGGAAUUGAAACAGAGAGUAUUUUUAACAACCGUUGGAACUGCCUUGAAGUCCAAGUGACAGCUUAUAACGUGCUGUAGAUGAUUGAUAAUGGAUCGCUGUUAAACCUUUUUUGUGUGUGUGGUGUCAUAGAUUGUAUACAUCUCCAGAGCUGAGGAGGUGGAGAACAGCAGGCCAUUCAGUGGAUGGUUGAACAUUUUAUUUGAUGAGAGCGGUUGAAGAUAAGCAAAAUGGCUGGUGCCCAUGGACAUAAAUUAUCUGUAUCCCUGAGCCGAAGAUUCAAUGGUUUUGAGGCACGUGAAACAAAUGAAGCGCUUUUUGAUUGCUAACGUUGGACACUAUGAAAGGAUACCUCAAGAGGAUUAGAUGAAAUGUAAAUUAAUUUAUAUAUACAUACAUGUGUAUAUAUAUUUAGAUAUAUAUAUAUUUCACACGGUUACUUACUCCAUGUAAAAGGAGAUUAAUAUACCCUACUGUGUAGGGGCAAGAAAUUCACUAUUAAUAUUGCUGACAUUUUAAAGACAUUUAAAGAAUUAUUGAGAUGUUGGUGUCUGAGCUGAACUAUAGUAUGACCCCCAUGGCCCCUUCUAAACACAGCAAUGAAGCUUUCAGGAGCCAAUUAUCUGCAGCGUCCUCCAUGGUUUCACUUUCCCAGCAUUGUUUCUCGUUAAAGCCAUUCUUAACCUCCAGUCACUGGUUGCAAAUGAUACGCACUCACGAUGGUGGCCAUAUAGAAUUGCCAGACUAUAAGCACUGUGUGCUAAAGUGAAUUGGACUGGCACAUGCCACACCUAAUGUUUUGCUUCCCGAGGCAAAGGAAGAUUGAAACGCGUUGGCCGAGAGAUAGCGUCCCUCCCGAUGGGAGGGGCUGGGCAUCCUGCUUAGCUAUACACUUGUCUGAAACCAGUUAGCCCCGAUGGAUAGUCUGUGUACAUGUGUGCCUUAUUUCAAUCUAGUCUUAUGAACAGUGCGAUUGUAGCAGCAAAAUUUGGUGUUCAUUUUGUUCCUGAGUGGCUCUUUAUUUUGCAACGGGUGCUUUUUUCUCACAUCCAUCACACAGCGCUUAUUGACAUGGCUAGAAUUUGCCUUCUCCGUAGCCAGUGCAGACGUGUUCCCAUGUGUUUCCACCAAUAAAAAAUAGAGGCUGUAUUAUUACGCUCAAUGAUUUCUUGAAGACCUCAUGACCUUGAAUUUAAAAGGUCUGGUCUGUAAGGGCUCCCUUAUCCAAAGAACAUUAAAAUUCAACCCCUUUAUAAUAUAUAUUGUGCACAUGAAAAGGUCGGCAGUUGUACCCCAUUUGAAGAUAAGGUAACAAUGACGUUAGAUGGCACCCUGUUGGUAUCCCCUCUUGGCCAAAGUAGGACAUGUGUGGAUUGACUGGUCUAGCUUAUAUAAUCAUUAUAGGUGAGACUUUCUUCCCCUUGGGCUGUCUGAAACUAGCCAAUUGGGGCCCGCACUAAAGGGUAAAAUUUGGGGGUAAAUAAACACUUUCUUUCCUACAAAAACAUUGACACGAGCUAAAGGACAGUUGGGAUUUAGGGGCAAUGUUUACCUGCUGACAAAGCUUAAUGCAACUUUUUCAUAUAUUUGUAACUGUUAUUACAAGCCGAGGGGGCACUUAUCAACUGUUUGUAUACAGAGGGCACUUGAACCUUGAAAUGAACCUUUGAACGUAUCCAACGUUAAAGAUGAACUCUAAAUCAACUUCAUAUAAUGUAGACAGUAGCAAUCAAAGUCAUGUGUUUUCCAAGGGCCAGUAACACCUGACAAAGAUUUACGGUCUCUAUUUUUUAUUAAUUUCUACAAAGAGUGUCAACUUUUAUUAAAGUACUUUAUUGUUCUGUGAGUGUUUCCAGA